GACGUCGACAGUCGGCAAUAUGGCGUUAAUGGUAUCGUUUGUGUCGGUAGCCGUUUCUAUAUUGUACACGCCGUUCCUGCUUCUUAUUUUGUGUGUGAUAUUCUUGGCAUCUAUUGGAAAAUCUUUGGGUGUAAGGCGGCUUUAUGUGAACAUUUUACUUAAACUUUUCGAGUAUGGCAGACAGCACAUCGAAGUCGCCAAGAAGCUUCAACGGACGGACAGUUCUGAUGAAGAAGAAACUCCAGUGGUUGAUGAUAACAAGCCACCAUCAGCGACUAUCAAAGAAAACGGUGUUAAUGGUACGAAAACGAGCGUGAUCGAGCGACAGGAAAUAUUGGGUCCUUCACCAGAACUCAACUAUAAGAGGAGUGCGAGCCAGGAGCGUGUUCAUAAUGGACACACAACGGAUCCUGGGAAGCUGGAGACGAAUUUAGAGUUCCAUCUCCAUCAUUGUAUGGACCUCGUCAGGGCCGGCAUGGAAUCGAUAAUCGAAGACCAAGUGACGUCGGUCUUCGAAGCUGAGGAGCUAAGGAGUUGGAAUCUCCUAACGAGAACUAACAGACAGUACGAAUUUCUAACAUGGCGCUUGACGAUCAUAUGGGCGAUGGGUUUCGUAGUGAGAUACUUCUUCCUACUACCCCUCAGGAUCCUGAUCUUCGUCAUCGGGGUAUUCACGAUGAUAACGUCAAUGUCGCUCAUCGGAGUGUUGCCAGAUAGCAGAUUUCGUCGUUUCCUCGGCGCCCUGGCGUAUAAAAUAUCGAUACGGACUCUAAUGCGGGGCAUGUCGUGCGUCACGAACUUCCACGACACGCAGUACAUGCCCCGGUCGUACGGUUUCUGUGUCGCAAACCACACGAGUCCGAUCGACGUCGGCGUUCUGAGUAUCAACACGUGCUUCUCCUUGAUCGGUCAGCGACAUAAUGGUUUUCUAGGGCUCUUACAGAGAGCUCUGGCUCGGGCUUCGCCCCAUAUUUGGUUCGAGCGAUCAGAGGUCAAAGACAGGCAUGCGGUAGCGAGGAGAUUAAAGGAACACAUAUCGGUACCCGACAAUCCACCGAUCCUGAUCUUCCCCGAGGGCACGUGCAUCAACAACACAUCCGUGAUGCAGUUCAAGAAGGGUAGCUUCGAAGUCGGCGGCACGAUAUACCCCGUCGCCAUUAAAUACGACCCCCGCUUCGGGGACGCGUUCUGGAACAGCUCGCGCUACGGGAUGCUGCACUACCUGCUGAACAUGAUGACGUCAUGGGCCAUCGUGUGCGACGUGUGGUACCUGCCCGCCAUGCACCGCGAGGCGGGCGAGGGCGCCGUGGACUUCGCCAACCGCGUAAAGGCCGUCAUCGCGCGCCGCGGGGGCCUCGUCGACCUCAUGUGGGACGGACAAUUGAAACGCAUGAAAGCUAAGAAGGAAUGGCGCGAGUUACAACAGGAAGAGUUCAGCAAACGAUUAAAAGGGGAGUAAAAACGGGCCGUUAAACGUAAGUGUCGACUUCGGGAUGUUUAGUCCUAUCUCUGUCUCACUCCAACAUAGCGUGUUAGAAGAGAACGGCAAUAUAUAUAUCGUUGAAGCGUUUGUACAUACAUUUAUAUAUAAAAAUGAAAGUGAAUUCGAUAAAGAAUAUGAUGUAAUUAAUAAAUAGUGACUUAAAUUUUUUCGUUAGAGUGUGUUUACUUAAAUCCGUCUCGCUCUCUCGUCAGUGAUGUUGCAUUCGAACGAGCGAGAUGGCAACGUUUAACUAGACACCCGUCUAAAUGUGUUUCGAUGAAAUUAUUGUAACGUUUCGAUUUCGUGUAAUUUGUACGAAUUGUAAACAAAGAUUCCGGUAUUUUUGUAAUAAUUGUUCAUAUCAUCGGUCGAAUCUGUUGUUGCUCUUUGUAUGUAUAUAGUAAGGCAGGCAGACUGGCAAAUAUUGGACCCGGUGGUCACCAUCCGUUCAACUUGUCUAUUUUUAUAUUCUUAGGAUAAAAGAAUUGGUCAAAAAAAAAAAACAUUUAUAUGAAUUAUGUCUUUUUGUAUACGAGAAUCUAUGAAAGUCUUUUAAUUAU